GAAAAAGAUGCAAGAUAUUAUGUCUGCACUAAUGUCCAAUUGAACCUCUUUUAGUGGAUGAAAGACACAGGAAGAUGUCUGUGCUCUAUCAUGUUACAAAAUACAUUGUAUUGUUGCAUUAGGUCAAUUUUUGAUUAUCAUCUCUGUAGCAGUGAUGUAAUGUAAAGCAGCUUUUGCCAAAUUAAAACAUGCUUAUCACCAUAUUGUGCAUCCAUAACAGAGAGUGCUACGUGUAUCAUGAAUAGGUGAUGUCAAAACUUGUCUUGAACUGCAUUUGAUUUGAGAUAGAAAGUAAAUCCGUGCAGUUGAAGCAUGACACAGUGGCAUCAGAAGCAGUUUAAGUGCUUGUUAUUGAAAUACCCCAGGGUUAAAUUCAACCUGACUGAGCAAUGCAUUGCUCAGUCAGAGCAAUGCUGAGCUGGCUUGCAGGAUACUCUAUACUCCCAGAGAUGAUUUGCAGUUUCCCUGUGGAUGUUCCUACAUAUAUAUAGUGGGUAAGGUUCAGGUCAGGGGUAAGGGUCAGGUCAGGGGGAAAGUUAUCCUAUUAGUUUUAAAUACCCUUGCAUUGGAAAUGUUGCUCCGGUGUCGCCACCCACAGUGAAUAUACGCACCAGUACUGUACUGAAACCUCACCUCCUUAUGGUGCCACUUGCACUUUGGCCCGUGUCUGUGCCAGAGCGCGUUCCCUGACCUUAAAGGUGCCCUGUGCCCACUGCCCAGUGAUAUAAAUGUGUGUGUGGCUAGCUGGCUUCAAGCCUAGAGCAAACAGGCAGACAGCAGGCGUUUCUGUUAACUCAGUGGUCAGCUGCGCUCCUCAUACCUCUGGCAUGAGCUCCGCAUUCAUCAGGCAUGAAGUGCUCUGGAGAGGGCAGAACUGCGAGGGGACGAAGGCAAGGGGAAGGAGAGACUGAUGGAGAGGACACUUUCUGGUAGCAGGGGAAGGCUAAAACACAGAUUGAGUUAGUUUGGUAUUGAGAAUGAGGGAAAAUAGCUAAAGAAGAGUACCUUGUUUAAAAGACAAGGGGAAAGCAUUCAAUAUGUUUUGGAAAGUGAAGGAUGAGAGAGGCAGAGUGGAAGAAAGGCAUUAUGGCCAUGGAUGAUGGGAGGGGAAGUAAAUUAAAUAAUCGUAGCGCAGCAUUUUGAAUGUCAAGAACUGAGCAGAUAAACUUAGAGGAUGGAUAGAAAAGAGGAUAAGUUGUGACUGAAGACAAUUGACAGAGAGGUGGAGAAGAACACAUUAACAAUAUUCUCUAAAUCUUCAUGUGAGAAUUAAUGUUUUAAAACUGCAGCUUGACCUCCUGUUUUUGUAUUUGUUUUCGCUCUGGAAUGCUUAUGUAAGAGAGCAGGUAUUUUGAAUGGAUUUGGCUUGGUAUGUUGUUGCAGUCCUUCGAACAUAAACUUUAAAGGCACUCACUUUAACACCUUUGGCAGGUUGAUAAAAAUAGAAAAAAGUAGCUGCGCACUGGAAUCAGAACUCCCUGAAGCUUUUAUUAUAGUUUUCUUUAUACAUGACAAAAUGUAAGAAAUAAAAAAUAGUUGUUUCUUAACAUCCAAAUAUAGAGUUUGAUCUCAUACUGUAUAAAACUCUCAUUUAUCUGACUAUCGUACUAAUCAAAAGCCUUGCAGACAACAAAUUGAAAUUAAAAAAAAUAGCAAUUUGUUGUUCUGCAACCCGAUCACCCUGUCACAGUGCCCUCGAGAAUACCACAGAGGGCAGCAGGUUGGCUGACCCUAGGAGGAAAGCCCAAAAAGCCUCUCCUGUUUCCCUGGCUGUGGCACCUGACUGGGGAACAGCAUACUGUACAUUACACUGAGAGCCCCUGGCUCAUCCUGUGGCCAGUCAGAGGACUGAUCCUCAGCCAAUAGCUUUGUCCUGCUCACCCACUCUCAGACUGUUGACCUCUCACUGCUGCCUACUGAGGAAACUUCCUUCUCGACCUCGGUCACGUUCAGCCCAGAGUGCUGAGGAUCAUACACAUUAUUUUGUCAGUCCUCAAAAAACAAAUCAGAUUUUUAAAUUUUUAAGUGGAAAAGUAUUUUUUUGAAGUUCUAUACAAAUGAGGUGAUGCUGAUUAUCUGAAUAUAAACAUUUAAUAUACAAAUCAUUUGAACAAUAUCAUGUCUGUCUUAAUCAGAAAUAACAGUAAUAAUUAAGCCUUUUUAUAAGCCAGCGCUUAGAAUUUACUUUAUUCACCUUGACUGCCGGAAUAAAACUACAACCUUGUGUGGAAUUUGAAAUAUAAUAUUGACUUUUCCCAGAAUCCUCCUACCUUUUGAAAAUGCACAACAUUGUACGUACAUGUAUGUUGCAGAACAACAUGUUACACCAGCAGAUGUAUUUAUUCCCAGGGAGGCUUCUUUCCUUGGUAGUCUGCAGAAGAAGUGGCUUCUCAGGUUCCUGAUCGGCGUACCGUGUACUUUCAGAACUCAGCGUGUCAUGUGAGGCUUUCAUCAAUCACGCUGUCAUGUUUGUGGAUUGAUCACAUGGCAGGGAGAGGGGUAUGUGUGUGUUUGCCUCACACUCUUUUUAAAUACAUGAUUAUUGCAUAUCAAUGUGCAUAUUAAAAGCAUUUUGGCAUCACAAAUUAAUAUAUAUUAUAGCUUUGCAUUGCAAAGUUGCUUUUUUCCACGUGUUUUUGUGAGCUGCAGGCCUGCUAGGGUUUCGUAAAGACAGCGGCUGUCAUCAGGUUCCUAUCAGGACUAUUUAAAGUGGCCACACUCAGGCUUCUCAGAACUGCAACUUAACUAUGUAAAAGCCAUGUACACAUCUGACACACAUGCACACACGCACACAAACACCAGCAUUUUGGUGAGUGCUAGUAUUCCGGCUUAACAUCUAGUUAGGUCUCUGUGUCCUCAUAACAUUGCGGGGACAUCUGUACAAAGGCUGCACACAUUACACACACUGUAGGAUAAGUUUUUUUUUUUAGGUGUAUAAAAUGAUGGAUUAUUGGUUGAUUUAUAGUCAACUGAUUUAUAGUAAAUUGAUAUAUGACCUUACUGACAAAUGAUAAUACUGGCAAUGAAAUCAAGUUAAAUGUCAAUUCUGUAUUUUAGUGACUUUUUGGAGCAGUUUUUAUUGGUUUUGUUUGUGAUGAGUUUCCUCUCUCUCAGCUAAUAUGCUGAUACGUGAUACAAGGGCGGAGGGGCCUCAUAAACAAUUCAAAGAUCCAGAGCAACACGGACAGCAGACUGUGUUACUACUCUACAAGUGAUGUGGACAUUUAAUUUCAGUCAUUUUCAAAUAGUUUUCAGGGGAAUAGAUCCAAUAUACUGUAAAUUCAACUUCCAGUGGAGAUUUUGUUCCCCUUCCUACUGCGUCCAGUGUUUGUCUUGAUAAUACUAUUUACUCUAGGUCAUACUGCAUUGGUAGACUGCUCUUAAAAACAAAUAGAUCAAUACAUGAUGUACUUGACUUUAAAUAUUUUUUUUCAUUUCAACUAUUUACUUUAGAUUGAGGCCUAGAUUGUCUUUCUUUUUCAAGCUGAUUUAUUGAAUUCUUUAAUUAUGAGUUGUUGCUUCAUCAAGUGGUGUUUAUGGGUUAUCCUGGCUUCUGCAGUGACAUUUAUACACACAGGGAUUUUUGGAACAUUUAGAGGCAACUUUUUCUAGAUGGGCCUUUUUAUUUUACCUGACAUUUUUGAAUAGAAAUGGGUUUAUUGUAGAACAUUGCAUCUUCCUACAGUUAUCUUACUAGUGAGGAUAAUGCCUGAUUUCAGAUUUAGUUUUUGCCCCAAUGGAAUUGAACGCUCACAGAUAACAUUGUGAUUAAUACAUCUGCUGUGAUCCUGAAAGUAAAACCAAAAAGUUAAGACUGUCAAAUCACCUUAUUAGCCCACGUUCAGUCUCUAAAUGAGACGGGGAGAAAUGACAGGGAGGGGAGUGGGGGUGUUUUAAAACGGAGGCAGCACGUGCUGCUGACAGUUUAAUCACUUUGUGUCAAAGCUGGGCAAUUAAUCACGGAUAUCACAUGACACUUCUUAGCCCUCUAAUUACUAAACGGAACAAAGAAAAAUGUUCUUGUUUAAUACUUGUUGCUCUAAUUACAUUAAGGGUAAUCUGCUUUUCACCCCAAAAGCUAAAUUGACCAUAGACCCUGACUUCCACUUCGCUUCCACCCCUCCCUCCUGUUUAACUUGAUGACUCGUUCAUGUGAUUCUGUGCGACAGAGUCAUGCACUCAUUACUCUUAUCACUCCCUUUGUGAUCCUCCCUGUGUUGUAACACAGCACAGGAACAGCCCUAGUGUGCACAUAGUCACAAGUUGACACACACACACAAACACACACAGGCAUGAACACAGUGUAAAAAUAAAAAUAAAGAUGCAAUAAUGGGUUUUUGUCUGUCAUCUACAACCACAAAGAUUCCCUUUGACUCUAAAAAUGAUGAUUGAUUCAAGCCGAGUCCUCAGAGCCAACCAGCCGAACAGAUUGUAGCUCUGGGUGCAGUCAUGUCCAUUGCCGCGUCCUCACCCCAGUCAGCAUCAUGUGACUGCUGGAAUGCAGAAGUCCUUUAAUGCAACACGACCAGCAUCGAAACUAGCAGCUAUGCAGGUAGUCAGGUGCUUCCAGGCCAUGAGGGCCCGCUCCUCGAGGGAGUCUCUCCCUUCUAGAGUGUAGCCAUAGCUGAACAAUUGUUAGUUCAAGGCGCAGCACUUGUGUUAAUGUCACAAGACGCAUUGAGUCUCACCUUCUCAUAAGUGGCCUCUCCAGUAUCAAAGGUGUGGUCAAUCUAUUAGGUGUUAAUUUUCAGCACAUGGUAUUACACAGAUACCCCAAUCUGUAGUAGAAGUAUUAAGGUGUGUAUUUCAAGAUAACAAUCUGCACGUACAGUCUUUGUAAUGUCAAAGGUAUCUGAAAGAUUACAUGUGAGUACUGAGAGUCCGUUUCACUCCAGUGAUACAUAUUUAGUCAUAGUUGUCUUACUCUGAUUCAUGGGAAAAUAGCAUCACAGCACAGAAUGAGCAACAGAUUUCAAUAACAUCAUCCCCCAUACAGGUAUAUUAAAGCUCCAUCACCGGCAACAUGAUCAAAGCUUUUAUGGCCCCGAUCCAGUGAAACACUAAAGAUGUCUCACUCCGUUGGAUUUGUUGGAGCUGCAGAGACACUCACACGGCAUCGACAGCCGUGUGCACACAAACUGACAACAGCCAAGUUUAAUUUAGGCCUGCUAUCAAGUUAAUUAGUUACAGCUGAUACGCAACGUGUUUGUUGGUUUUACCGACCAGAGCAAAGCUCGGUAACAGGUAGAACUGAGAAGCUGCAGCUGGAACUACUUGAUGGUUUUUGUUACUGAUCAUUAGUGUCGGAGCUUAGUAAACAUGUACUGCUCUCACUACAUCUAGAUUGUUGAGUGUUAACACAUUUCAUAUCUGUCUGUCUCCAACACAUUGAUGUGUUCACAGGCCGUUAGUGAAGUCCUUACUACCCUAAGCGUCUUCAAGCCUUUACAAGUUAAAUGUCUGAAUGUAUAUAACCUAGAUAAACUUUGAUGUACUUGUUAUCAGCUAAAAUUUGCUUUGUGGCAGCAUUGGACAUCAGGUGUUAUCUGUGGCAGAAAGGCCGCUGAAACGUUUGUUAAAAAAAUAGUGUCGUAGUUGUAAGGCCAAGGUGCCGGAGCUAACGGAGACCUCUUUCACGCACAGCCGGAAGAACGUCACACAGCAUGGACUGAGGGGAUAUUUAUGUAACUGUCUGUCAGCCUCCAACAAACACUAACAUACACACACACACACACGCAGUUCAGUAGCAGUGGGGAGAGUACCAGAUGUCUUUGAGGUCAGUAAGUAGGCUGAUGUCAGUGUAGUCGCAGUAGUCAAGGAAAUCUGAUUGCUUUGUUGUGACCUUUAUAAGUAUUCACUUUGGCCAUGAACGGCUUUGGCUAUGACUCUCUGCUUCAUUCAAUGUUUGUAUAACUGUCAGAAAAAAUUAUAUAUUAUUAUCUAAUUAUUUACUAUUAUCCAAGAUAUGUAGCCCCCAUUAGUAUGGAAUUGGUAUUCCCAUUAACCAAUUUUUGGGGUUUAAUUUCCCUAAAGAGAAUUAAACUUUUUUUGAAUGUCCACUUUAUAAGAUAAAUCAGUGAAUGUUAUUAAGGUGUCAUUUUGUGGCAGAUACUGUGGUGACAAUACUUUCAGUUCUCUCCACUAACCCACAGGUUACUUCUCUCCUUUCUACAGACUUCAAUAACGAAUCCAUCCACUCUCCCUUUUUCUGUAAAGCAAGAUUUAAAGAACAAUAAAAGUCUGGGAAGUUUUCACUCAGAAUAGUCUGACUUCUUUGAGCUAUUUGUUUUCCUGCUCCUUCUUCCAAAAAUGUCUUUGUUAAGUUCCAUGAAUUGUACAUUUGCACCUACAGUAUGUGUUUUGAAUGUAUUGAGGAAAGAAAGACCGAAGGAAGGACAAGAGGGACCACAAGGGAGAGCGGGACAAGAGAGCAGGAUUUAGAAAAAAACCCACAAACAAAUCCCCACUGUCACUCUCUCUCAUCACAGCGCUCUCUGGCAGUCGGCAGUCCAGGCUCGCUGCUGUCGCUGCCUCUGUACUGUGUGGCACACACAGCAGUGCUCCUGCGAUCACCUGACAGUCUCAUGUUGUUGUGUGAAUUUAGUUCACUGCUAUUCUUAGACCCUGCUUUGGCUAAGAGAGGAGAGAGACGAAUAGGAAGAGAGAGGAGAGAGAGGAGAGAGAGGAGAGAGAGAUAGAUAGAGGAACAGAGAGGGCUGGGGAAAGACUGGCAGACUCGCAAUGAUGCCCAGCUGGCCACUUCCCCAGCUGGAGCCCAGCCAGAUCAGGUUAAUAGUGUACCAGGACUGUGAGAGGCGUGGCAGAAAUGUCCUCUUCGACUCCAACGCCAAAAAGAGGAGCACGGAGGAAACUCCCAUCACCACCACUGAGGCCCAGGUCAAGAUGUUCGGGAAAUGCUGCCAGCUCCGACCCACAGGUGGCAGCAGCAGUUCCUUGGACAGCUCCUCCUCGUGCACCUCUGAAACCAAAGACACCAAAGAGCAGGGUCUCCGCUUCCAGGGUUCGAGGUGUUCGUCCGAUGUGGUGAUGUUGGGGGAAAUGAUGUUCGGCUCUGUUGCCAUGAGUUACAAAGGCUCCACACUAAAAAUCCAUCAGAUCAGAUCACCACCUCAGCUGAUGCUGAGUAAGGUCUUCACCGCCAGGACUGGAGGCAGCGUGUACGGCAGCCUCAACACGUUACAGGACAGCCUGGAGUUCAUUGGACAGGAUGGCAACACCUUAAGGCCUGAUCAAAACACGGGGCCCAACAGUCUAUUAGGAAACAUAGGACUUUCGCAGCUCUGCAGCCCUCGCCGGGCCUUCUCUGAACAGGGCCCUCUGCGCCUCAUCAAGAGCGCGUCUUUCUUUUCAGGCCACAGUCACCCCAUGGACAUGCCUGGCCGAGGGCUGUACGACGAGAGGGACAGCGGCAUCGCCCGGUCAGCUUCUCUGAGCAGCCUGUUGAUCACCCCCUUCCCGUCUCCUGGCUCCUCUCUGACCAGCAGCUGUGCGUCCAGCUACCAGCGCCGAUGGCUCCGCAGCCAAACCACCAGUCUGGAGAAUGGUGUUUUUCCCCGAUGGUCGGUGGAGGAGAGCUUCAACAUGUCUGAUGAAAGCGGGGGACCGAGCCUCGGCGUAGCCAGGAAGAAGAAGAUCGCCAUCGGAGUCAUCUUUACGCUGUCCCCCAAUCUCGAGGAGAACAACCGCUUCCAGGAUUUCUUUUUCUCCCACUUCCCUCUGUUUGAAAGCCACAUGAACAAACUGAAGAGCGCAAUCGAACAGGCCAUGAAGAUGAGUCGCCGGUCAGCUGAUGCCAGCCAGAGGGCCUUGGCUUACAGCCGAAUGAUGGACGGACUCAACGAUUUCAGGAUGACCAUCUGCGACCUUUACACCAUGCCUCGGGUGGCUGAGCCUGUCUGGUUGACCAUGAUGUCUGGGGCAUCGGAGAAGAACCAGCUCUGCAGUCAGUUCAUGAGGGAGCUCUCCCUGCUGAUGGAGCAGGCCUCCAAGAACCAAUUCCUCCCCGCCUUAUUGACGUCCAUCCUGACUAAUCAUCUGGCCUGGGUCCCCACCGUCAUGCCCAAUGGGCAGCCUCCAAUCAAGAUCUUCCUCGAGAAACACUCCUCCCAGAGCGUGGACAUGCUCGCAAAGACACACCCCUACAACCCACUCUGGGCACAGCUAGGGGACCUGUACGGGGCCAUUGGGUCACCAGUACGCCUGUCAAGGACGGUGGUGGUUGGCAGACGACAGGAUAUGGUCCAGAGACUCCUCUAUGUCCUCACAUACUUCAUCCGCUGCUCUGAGCUGCUGGAGACGCACAUGCUGGACAGUGCUGAGGAUGAGGCCAUCGUCAUGCCCGGUUCCCUCAUCACCACCUCCCUAAGGAAAGGAGAGGUGGAGGAGUCGGACUAUGUCCUUGUUACUGUCCAUAAACCCAGCGGGGACUACUUGUCCCAAGGGGCCCAUGGCAAUCAGAGUGAGACAGAGGACAGUAGCUACCCCUCAGACAACAGCCUCCAGAGCAGCACAUACACAGACACUGAGGUGGUGCAUGGUACAGAGGAUGCACCCAAGGAGGAUGAAGAGGAUGGGGAAGACGAGGAGGACAGCAGUGAGAGUCAAGGGUCCAGGAGCAGUGUGCUUCAGACGGGACACAGUCAGGACACAAUUCCUGUUAUCAGGACUACAGAGGCAGCUGAGCCUGGGGAGCUGCCCAGGGAGUCUAGCAGCCCGCUGGGCACGGAGGCCCGACUGGAGACGGUGCUGUGCGUUGGCUCAGCCUCACCCAGGGAGCAGGUCUGUGUGCUGGAAACAGAGACCAAGGGCGAACUGAAACUUACUGUCCCAUCCAUACCCUCAACCUGUGUAUCAUGUCUGUCCCCAACUCCCAUCACAGAGUGUAAGAACUCUGGGACAGGGGCUGGGAUGGAUGCAGGCACAGGGGACCCUGUCACCAAAGUGCUGACUCCUCGACCUUUGGGAAUCCCACUAGAGAAGAAGCCCCCGGAUAAGAACGUCUCUCCCAUGGUGCCAGUGCCAGUGAUACCUGGAAACACCAAGACAAGGCCCAUGGCUUUGACUCUAACAGAAGAGGAGCCAGCGACGAAAGUCACUUUCCUCAUCGGUGACUCCAUGUCCCCUGAGUCGGACACAGAGAGCCGCAGAAGGAAGGUGGAUGAUGAGUUUAAAAAGCACAAGAAACACCUCAAGGACAAACAUCUGCUUCACCAGCAGCAGCUGAUGCAUCAGCAACAACAGCAUCAUCAUCAUCAAGCUCAACGUUAUCAACAGCUGCAGCUGCAGAGAGGAACAGAUUCAAAGACCAGCAGCACCAGUGCAUCAGAGGACCAAACCAAACAGACCAAGGCAGCUCCUGCCCUGCAGCGGGUGUCUAGUAAGAUGCCCCAGUGGAGCCCAGCAUGUAUAGAUGAUUUUGAUGAGUAUUCGGACAACCCUGUGGAGACGAGGACAACAGACGAUGUGUCUAAACGACAGCAGGCCAGCACCACGGACAGCAUGCACAAAGACUUGCUGGACCCCUCGGGAGUCCGUCCACCUGGUGACUUGGGAGUUCAGACUUUUCAGGGUGGAGUAAGAACUCAGGAUUUGGGUCUCUGUUUAAGUUCGGACGGGGAAGAGGUGGGGUCCAGCAGGAAAGGAGACACUUUGUUGGAUGUCCAGAGGAGGUGCAGAUGUGGUUCCACAGACUCCUCCGACAACUGCUGCUGUAGGGGCUGUUCUGCUGAGCAGGACAAGGGUCUCGUGUUGUCAGUCCCAGUCCCGCAGGAUAGAAACAGCAACAGCAACAGUAAAGAGGACCAAAAACGUAAGUUGGUCCCUGUCAACGACUGGGAGAUACCGCGCAACGAGAGCUCAGACAGCGCGCUGGGGGACAGUGAGAGUGAGGAGACAGAGGACUGGCAGGAGGAAGUGCUGGUGCCCUUCCCUGGGUCAAAGUUGGUGGAGAACUUCUCAAAGCCAAGCAUCGCUAAUUUUGGCAGGUCUCUGUUCGGGGGCUACUGCCCCACCUACGUGCCAGACUUUGUACUGCAUGGGCUGCCCAGUGACGAGAAGCUGCGGCAGUGCCUCAUGGCUGAAUUAACUCAUGCUGUUCAGCAUCCAGUAUUGGAUGAGCCCAUAGCGGAGGCUGUCUGCAUUAUAGCAGACACAGACAAGUGGACGGUGCAGGUGGCGAGCAGUCAGAGACGAGCAACAGACGCCAACAAGCUGGGGAAGGAGGUCCUGGUGUCCAGUCUGGUUUCCAGCUUAUUGCAGUCCACUCACCAGCUCUACAAACUCAACGUCUCACCCAACUUUUGUAUAAUGCACCUGGAGGACCGCCUGCAGGAAAUCUACUUCAAGAGUAGGAUGCUUGCUGAGUAUUUAAAGGGCCAGACAAGAGUCCAUGUGAAAGAACUGGGCAUGGUCUUAGGAAUCGAGUCCAGCGACCUUCCCCUGUUGGCUGCAGUGGCCAGCACUCACUCCCCCUAUGUGGCUCAGAUCCUUCUAUGAGACUGUAAAGACACUGAGGUCCCUGAGCAGCCCGAGGGAACCGGUCAGACCCGGGCGGUGCCACUCUGGCCCCGAAACACAGCUGUCCAUGCUCCGCUGCUGACCCCCUCGACAUGGUUUCCUGUCUCGUGUGUCUGGACUCAGUGGGUCUUUGCCCUGCAGGUCUGAGCGGAGCACAUGUAAACGGACCACAGCCAGCGCCUCCCCUCACCACCCCUGCUGCUGGAUUUGGUGCAAUGCUGAUAUUGUGCCACAGUGGGAGGCUAGAGACCAGAGUGUAAUCCCUGAAACGACCUUCUCCUGUUGUUUGAAUGUUUUAAAACGGGACUCACUUUACUUUUUUUGGACGCAAAAGCCAAAGACUUGAUUCAUUUUCCCAGUGGAAAAUGAGACUUUUAAGAUCUCUACAGAACGUUAACAAUGUAUUUUUGUUUCUUGGAACUGUUGUUUUUCCUCUUUCUGUACAAUCUUAAACCCGCUCGCACAGCGUGACGGACUCCAAGUUUAAAGGUAACAGACGGACAUUUUCACACUUUCUGCUUUAAGGUAAAUAUCAUUGAGAACAUUAUCAAUCUCACGCCAAUUAUGUUAUGUUUGUUGUUUAUCUUCAUGUGUUUGUUUACAAGCCAAAUUUCCCUGAGAUAUCUCAAAAAGAAUCUGACAAAUAGGAUUUUAUUUUAUUUUUUGUCAAAUUACAAUACACACCUGACUCUAACCCCUAUGGUUUUUCGGAGAGGUGCACACCUUGAUUUUUUUGUUUAGUUUUUCAAACUAAUUCUGAAAUGGCUAAAAGUGGCUUUGACAUUCUUAUCAUAGGUACAGCACUACCUCAGAUUUUCAUAUGGGCUGUGGACGACCCACACACAUUUACAGCUGCCCCAUAGAAAACCAUGAGGUGUCUUUUUAAGAUAUUUUAAUCAGAGGAAUGUCGGGUGUCAACUGUGUGCAGACUCUAUGCUGUGUUCUUUGAAAAAGGGAAGGCUGUUUAAUUCUGUAGGAUGAUCGUUACAAAACGUAAAGAGGAAAAAAACUUAUUUUACGCAUCAGAAUGUGAUGAAGACGUUUUCCUUUCUACUGUGGAAAAGCUUAAAAAAAUUGCACCAUCUACUUAUAUUUUAAAACUAAAUGCUGAGAUAUUUUCACACUUUUAUAGCUUUGCCACAUUUAUACGAUGUUUACGGCUUUGAUGUUUUGCUGCGGCGAGAGGAGACGGAGAAGGAACACGGUAGGCCUUAGAGUGGAUGUGUAUGUAUCAGUUAACACCACUGUAUUUUCAGUUUCGCUGACAGUUGUACUCACAGAAAAAAAAAAAGUUAUAGUAGCGCACUUUUUUUUCUUUUUGUUUUCCUUUUGAUUCUCCACAUACCCAGGGUGGGAUUUGCUGAGCUUGAAUCGCUUUGCUAGUUUCCUGUUUUUUGAUUCUCACCUCGGCACAAAGUGUAUCCUGCAGCGGGGCUAAUGGAGCAUAACUUCAUUAUUCUCAGUGUUUGUUGUCGGUUGAUAUCAUUGAAAAUCAAACAAUAUUUUCUUUGUUUGAAUGCCGACAAUUUUUUUUCUUUAUUUAACACGAAAAAGAGAGGAACUGCUGCAUUUCAGACAAUACCACAGACUGUAUGUAAAAGAUGGACGAAAUGACCGCUCCCCAAACUGAAGCCAAAGCGUCCCCGUGGUGAACGGACACACUACAGGUCAUACACCCUGCCUCCUCCAUGUUAGUGGAUGGUGAAAUAGAUUUUCCCUCAAAGAUGUUUUUUGUCCUUUUAGGUAGUUUUUAUCACACUGAUAAGUAAGUAAGUCUGGUUUUAAUUUGUUUUUGAUGCUAUAAACAAAGGAGUGAAAUGUCAUGAUUGACAGCUGAGACUGACACAUGAUUGGUUGAGCGCGUGUAUCUGUUGGAUCUCUCUACUCUGGCUUCAUCCCCCAAUCGCUACUGUGCAGACUCUGGCCCCCGAUACCCAAGAUGACUUUAUGACUUGACAGUGGGAGGAAGUGGAGACGUGUCGUCCAUCUUUAUUUACAGUCUAUGGUCCACACUGCUCUUUACCGCUUUACCGCUGUACUGAAAAGGUACCUUCAUGGCAAAGGUAAUGCAGGCUGAGGUGCAGUGCAUUGGAAGCUGCUUAUUUUCUACCAUUUAAGGGGACAAGUCCCCAAUUUCGACAAAUCCUCUGUUAGUAAAAAGCAGGAGUAACUCUGGCGGUGUGAUGGUGAGAGUCGGAACCGCACUAGUUUUCUUUCUUCAGCCAAAUCUCACCCUGAAUAUAACCCAAGUCUUAACGGAGAAGUGGCGUGAACGCACCGCCGCCGUCUGGAGCGCUCAUUUUGCUGGUAAAAACGCACGCUUGUUUCUGUAUCGAAGAUGCUCAGCUCUAUCAGCCUACGUUUUGUACAACCCAGCCAUGAUGUUUAAAACAAAAAAAAACCAACAAAAAAAAAGAUACGAAUUUAUAUCUUGCUUUUCCCUCUUUGUACAUGAAUAAAUUAUUUAGUUGCUGUGGUUUGUGUAAACUGUACAUACUCUGUUUAUUUCCACGUCAUUUGUACAGAAUGUCUUUUAAGAAUUGUAUCCUCAAAUUAUUUUUUUCCCAAUUUUCUGGGAAUGUUGUGCAAUAAAGAUGCCCAAUGUUGAGAAUUUAA